AGAUAAAACUAACCAGCACUGCCGUUAACCUUUGGCCUCGAGUCUAGAGAGAAGAGAGAGAGAGAGAGUGUGUUGCCACAAAUCUCCAUUAAUGGAGACACUGAGUCUGAACUUAACAAUCAGAACUCUAAAACCAUCCCAACUCCAAACCCAAUUCCUGAAUUCUUCUCUGUUCCCAUACAAAUUCCAAAUUUACAGUCUCUGCUACUCCAAGUCUAGAAUUCCAUCAAAAUUAUUCACUGUUACUUGUAAGCUGAAAACCUCUCAAAAGAAAAGCAGCAACAAUAACAAUAGUACUAAAAUUGUAGCCUCUGAGGAAGCACCGUUGCUUUCUGAGGACGCUGAAAAUGGGUUGGCGCCAAAGUCCGAGAGGAAUCCAUCCGGCGGCAGUAGUAGUAUCAGUAUGGGGGGUUUGUUGUUGAAGAGGUUGCCCAGAAAGGUUUUGUCUAUUCUGUCUAAUUUGCCUUUGGCUAUUGCGGAAAUGUUCACCAUUGCUGCUUUAAUGGCCGUGGGAACUCUCAUUGAUCAAGGCGAAACUCCGGAUUUCUAUUUUCAAAAAUUCCCUGAAGAUAAUCCUGUCCUGGGAUUCUUUACAUGGAGAUGGGUUCUAACCCUUGGCUUUGACCACAUGUUCUCAUCUCCCAUAUUCCUUGGAUUGUUGACUCUUUUGGCAGCAUCCCUCAUGGCUUGCACAUACACGACGCAGAUUCCUCUGGUUAAGGUAGCAAGAAGAUGGUCUUUCUUACACUCGGCCGAGGCCAUUCGUAAGCAGGAAUUUUCUGACACUCUGCUCAGCGCAUCAAUUCAAGAUUUGGGUGUCAUUUUGAUGGGAUCUGGGUACGAGGUUUUCUUGAAAGGACCAUCUUUAUAUGCCUUCAAGGGGCUAGCUGGUCGAUUUGCUCCAAUUGGAGUGCAUUUAGCAAUGUUGCUGAUAAUGGUAGGUGGAACUCUUAGUGCUACUGGGAGUUUCAGAGGUUCAGUCACAGUUCCGCAGGGUCUAAACUUCGUUGUUGGAGAUGUGUUGGGACCAAGUGGGUUUCUCUCUACUCCUACAGAAGCUUUCAAUACUGAGAUUCAUGUCAACAGAUUCUACAUGGACUACUAUGACAGUGGAGAGGUUCGGCAGUUUCGCACUGAUCUUUCUCUCCUUGACAUCAAUGGGAAAGAGGUGAUGAGAAAGACAAUAAGCGUGAAUGAUCCAUUAAGGUAUGGUGGGUUUACCAUAUACCAGACAGAUUGGAGUUUUUCAGCUCUACAAAUACUUAAGGAUGAUGAAGGGCCUUUCAAUUUGGCAAUGGCACCUCUACAAAUCAAUGGAGACAAGAAACUCUAUGGGACUUUUCUACCAGUUGGAGACACUGAUUCUCCGAAUGUGAAGGGAAUAUCAAUGCUUGCUCGUGAUCUGCAAUCGAUAGUCCUUUAUGAUCCGGAAGGGAAAUUCGCUGGAGUCCGCCGGCCUAACUCUAAGCUCCCUAUCGAAAUUGAUGGCACAAAAAUUGUUAUUGUAGAUGCAAUUGGUAGUAGUGGCCUUAACUUGAAGACUGACCCGGGGGUGCCAGUUGUUUAUGCUGGCUUUGGUGCUCUGAUGCUUACGACUUCCAUUAGUUUUCUAUCACAUGCACAGGUAUGGGCCUUGCAAGAUGGAACAGCAGUUGUUGUUGGCGGAAAGACGAACAGAGCCAAGUUUGAAUUUCCAGACGAGAUGAAUCGCUUGUUAGAUCGAGUCCCAGAGAUAGUUGAAUCAUUUCCAACUGAGCAAUCCAGUGGCAUUAGUGAUUAGUUUAGAGGCAUCAAAAUGAAAAUGAAAAUGAAAUGAGAGAGCACUCCAGGUGGUAUCCAGUUCACAAGGUAAAGCAGGAGAUCAUUUUUUAACUCGACUCUACAGUUCGGAGGCAUCCAAACGCAACAAGAAAGAGCAGUCCGAGUGAUAUAAUUAGCUACUGGUUCGAAUUUUCGACGAAGAAUUCAAGAUCUUAUUGAUUCGAUUUCGUCGUCUAGAUUAACAAAUAAGUGGUUCACUCCAACACAAGUUGAUAUGCGCAGCGAAAUUUCAGAAGUUUGUUAGGGCAGUCAAAUUUGUUUGUUCUAAAUGUAUAGUCAGUGGUAUGUAUCAUCAUCAUUUGUAUCAUAGUGAAUGAGUAUGACUGUAUAUUGACACAACUGAGGGCUCAGCCCAAAUGGUUUCUCCUCCAUCCUCUGUUUGUAUCAUUAGUACUUUUUUUCAUGUUAGAAAUUUGUAUUGAAACUAAAAGAGAAGAUUCGAACAAUGACGGAAGAUUAUUAUCACAUGAAUACAAUAUCACUUGAAUACAAUAUCAAAAUCACAUUUCGUGAGAUAUCAUUUUGGGCAUUA